UAAUGUAUCUUGUUUGGGUAGAAGAAGAAUCACAAAUACAACGGCUAUUAUUUUUGUUGACUGAGUGCUGGGAAUGUCAGGCGAACCAAUCAUAAAAGUUGGAAAAUAGAGAAAGAAUCUGUUAUGUUUUAGGAUGCUGUAUUAAAACAUUAUCCCUCUCUUCACUACAACUUACAGUAACGUUUAUGUAGAUAUGAAAUCCAUUUCCCAUAAACUGUGGAAAUAUAAUCGCUAUCGUUACAUCAUGACCUACCACAAGAAGCCUUGGCUGCCCCCACCUUUCAUCCUGCUGAGCCACGUUGGUCUCCUCCUUCGCCGCCUUUGCUAUCAUCAAGCUCCAAAUGACCAAGAAGAGGGUGAUGUUGGAUUAAAACUCUACCUGAGUGAGGAGGAUCUGAAAAGACUUCAUGAUUUCGAAGAGCAGUGUGUGGAAAUAUACUUCCACGAGAAGAUGGAAAGUCUGAAUUAUAGCUGUGAGGAACGAAUCCGAGUGACAUCAGAGAGGGUUACAGAGAUGUACUUCCAAAUGAAAGAAAUGAAUGAGAAAGUGUCUUUUAUAAAGGACUCUUUACUGUCCUUGGACAGCCAAGUGGGACACCUGCAGGACCUCUCGGCCCUGACAGUGGAUACCCUGAAAUUCCUUUCUGCUGUUGACACCUUACAAGAGGAUGAGGCUCUGCUGGCUAACAGAAAGCAUCCAACGUGCAGAAAACUUCCCCACAGCUGGAGCAAUGUCAUCUGUGCAGGGGUUCCGGGCAGCAUGGAGAUUUCUGGGGAGAAGAAAUACCAGUAUUAUAGCAUGCCUCCUUCGUUGCUGCGGAGCCUGGCCAGAGGCCAGUGUACCCCGAGAGGGCAGAGGGGGCCCCUUCCUGAGAUUACAGACAGUCAAAGAAAGCCUUCAAAUGUAAGAGAUGAGCAGGAAAAACAACAAACAGAAACCACCAUAGUUGCUUCUGGGGUGUCCCUCAACAGGCAAGCACAGCGAAAGUAUGGCCAGUUUCUCCUGGUCCCUUCUUAUUUAAAGCAAGUUCCUUUUUCUGCAGAAACUGAGUUGCCUCUGUUCAGACCCUCUGUGGAAGCAGGUACAGAUGUGCUGGCAACUGAACAGGUCACCCAGAGUGAGGUCCCUGUUCAUCUGACUUGGCAGAGCCCAGCUGUCUCAGCUCAGGGCUCAGUGGCCAAACCUGAGGCACAGUACGAGUCAGUAGCUCAGAUACCAGCCAGACAAGACGAGGGGGAGCAAGUUCUACCCACUUUGAUUUGCACGUCUCUACCAAUGAAAGUGACCUCCCUCCCUUCCCAAGGUGAGAGCAUGGGAACUGAAGGUGGAUAUGUGAACUGGGCAUUUUCAGAAGGUGAUGAAACUGGUGUGUUUAGCAUCAAGAAAAAAUGGCAGACCUGCUUGGCCUCCACUUGUAAUAGCGACUCUAAAGAGAGUGGCCAAAGCCAGAGGCAGAUCCGAGCCAGAUCCCUCUCUGAUAACUCAUCAAGCUUGGCCCAUAGUAGUGACUGCUCGGAGGUGGGACCAUGGCUGCAGCCAAACACAUCCUUUUGGAUCAAUCCUUUCCGCAGAGAUAGGCCCUUCACUCGGAGUCACAGUUUGAGAUUCCACAAGGAGGAGAAACUGAAGAUCUCUAAGAUUAAAAACCUUUCAAGAUCCUCAGAGAUAGGGCAGUCAGCAUGGAUCAAAACAAAAAUGCUAAUCAAGGAUAAGAGAUCGUCAAAGAAAAAGAAGAAAACACAAGGACUGCAGGUGCCAGUCAUAAAGGUUGACAGCUGCUCUCAAAAUGACCAGCUGGAUUCAGAGCCAGGAGAAAAUAACAUCUCAGAAGAAGAGGCCUACAGCAAGAACUGGCUCACAGUGUCCAAAUUUUGUCAGAUAAGUCUGGAACCCUCUAUAUGUCAGAAAAUGAAAGCCAAAGAAAUGGAACAGCGUGCUAUCCAAGUCAGUGAUUAUCUAAAGCAGUCUCAAGAGGAUCUGAGCAGAAACUCUUUGUGGAACUCCAGGAGCACCAACCUCAAUAGGAACUGCCUGUUGAGAAGUUCAAGUGGAGUUGACAAAAUCUCAGCCUCCUUAAAAAGCCCUCCAGAGCCUCGCCAUCAUUAUUCAGCCAUUGAAAGGAACAAUUUAAUGAGGCUUUCUCAGACUAUACCAUUUACACCAAUCCAACUGUUUGCAGGAGAAGAAGUAACUGUCUACAGGCUGGAGGAGAGUUCCCCUUUGAACCUGGAUAAGAGCAUGUCUUCUUGGUCCCAGCGAGGGAGAGCUGCAAUGAUCCAGGUGCUGUCCCGCGAGGAGAUGGAUGGCGGGCUCCGGAAAGCCAUGAAAGUCAUCAGCACCUGGUCUGAGGGUGACGUUCUCAAGCCGGGGCAGGUUUUCAUCAUGAAGUCCUUUCUUCCCGAGGUUGUGAAGUCAUGGCACAAAAUCUUCCGGGAGAGUACUGUGCUUCACCUUUGCCUCAGGGAAAUUCAACAACAAAGAGCUGCUCAAAAACUGAUGUAUACCUUCAACCAAGUGAAACCACAAACCAUUCCCUACACGCCAAGGUUCCUGGAAGUUUUCUUAAUCUACUGCCAUUCGGCCAACCAAUGGUUGACCAUUGAGAAGUACAUGACAGGAGAGUUCCGGAAGUACAACAACAACAACGGUGAUGAAAUUGCCCCCAGCAACACCUUGGAGAAGCUGAUGUUGGCUUUCUCUCACUGGACCUAUGAGUAUACCCGGGGAGAGCUGCUGGUUUUAGAUUUGCAAGGUGUUGGAGAAAAUUUGACUGAUCCAUCUGUUAUAAAACCUGAAGACAAACAAUCAAGAGGAAUGGUGUUUGGACCAGCCAAUUUAGGGGAAGAUGCAAUUAGAAACUUCAUUGCAAAACAUCGUUGCAACUCCUGCUGCCGGAAGCUCAAACUCCCGGAUUUAAAAAGAAAUGACUAUUCUCCUGGAAGGAUAAAUUCCACUUUGGGACUUGAUAGCAAAAUAGAACCAACUGAGGGGCCUCCAGCAAGGGAAAGGGGUCGUAAUUCUCCAGAAGACCUCACCCGCCUGUAAAAAGGGAAAGAGAAGCCAGAGGGCACCAACUCUUCCCCUCCUUUCCGGGAACUCUGGUAACAGAGAUUGAU